AUGCCACUUGAGCAAGCGCACGCGGGCGCAGAUCCUGCUAAUGCACGCCUAGAUGCAAUCUCGGCCCAAGACGGUGAUUCAGCACCGGUUUCGAGUCGGUCAUCAAUGUCCUAUACAAGGACAUAUUCAACCCCAGCGACCGGUGCACAAACACCCGAUCCGCUAAUGGGCAAUGGCGCCGUCGUGGACAAAGUUGCUCUCCAAAAUCUCGCCAUCAAAGACUUCAGCAAUGGAAAUGAACCCGAGAGCUAUGCGCUCGACAACCAAAUGAAAAACCGAAAACCCUCAGUCUCGGUUUCCCGUCGUCGGGACGAUCUUUCCGGCGAAGAGUCGGCUUCUCCGAUACGCGGCAAGCAAGGCAUCCCGCCCGAGCUCCCGAGCUUCACAGCCGAACUCAUCAUGAUCUUCGUCUGCUCGGCCGGUCUUAUGCUCUUCUCAUUCCUGCUGGGGGACAUGCUCGCGCCCCAAGAGCAAAUCAAGAAGGCUUUAGGGAUCACCAGCACGGAGAUCCCCUGGGUCGUCGGCGCCUUCAACACUGCCAACGGCCUGUCGGUUAUCAUCUCCGGCUCGCUAACAGACCUCAUGCCUCCGAAACUCCUAAUGGUCGGAGCCUUCGCCUGGCUCGCCGUUUGGAAUAUCGUGGGUGUAUUCACGCUUCACCCAUCCAGAUACGUCUUAUUCUUCGUCAUGCGCGCCAUGCAAGGUCUCGCCAUCGGGGUCCUCGUCUCCGGCAGCAUGAGUAUUCUCGGGCGCGUUUAUAACCCCGGUGUGCGCAAGAACCGCGUUUUCUCCGCCAUGGCUGCGACUGCUCCGUUUGGCUUUUCCCUCGGUGCCAUUCAGGGUGGAGCCCUGUACCAGCAUCUUCCGUGGAUCUUCGGUUCAAAUGCUAUCAUCUGCGCACUGCUCUGUGUCGCAGCCUGGUAUGCCAUCCCAUCUCUUCGCCCGAUGGCCGAUAUCGCCGGUACCGAGGCCCCGUCAAUCAAGCAGUUCGACUAUAUCGGUGGGUUCUGUGCUGCUGGCGGUUGCGUGUGUCUUUUGUUUGGUCUGACACAGGGACCUGUCGCCUCGUGGUCUCCGUACACUUAUGUGCUCAUUAUCAUUAGCUUCAUUCUUUUCACUGGGCUAUUCUUCGCCGAGCGCAAAGCCGUCCGCCCACUCAUUCCCAAUCGUCUCUGGCGUACACCUGGCUUCACUCCACUGAUGAUUGCUUAUUUCCUGGGCUUCGGUUCUUUCUUCGGUUGUUGGCAAUUCUACGCGAUCCAAUUCUGGUUGCGCAUUCAGCACGCCAGUCCAAUUGCAGUGGCUCUUUACCAUAUCCCUAAUGCCUUGGUCGGUGUACUCGCCACGGUGAUUGUUGCCAAGACCUUGCAUCUCGUGCCUGGACACUACAUCUACGCUGUGUCCAUGCUGGCAUUCACGCUUGGGUCGGCUUUCUUCCUGCCCCAAACAGCGAAUACCACUUAUUGGGCAUUGUCGUUCCCUGGUAUUACAUUGGUGACAUUUGGCCCCGACCUUGCUUUUGCUGCGGCUUCAAUUUUCAUCACGAGUAAUGUCGAGCGGUCUUAUCAGGGAAGUGCGGGCGCUCUCCUGGUCACGAAUCAGAAUCUGUCAUCUGCUAUCAUGACUAGCGUUGCUGAUGCUAUAGGUACCCGUGUCGACAGGGGUGCUGAUGGAGAGAUCGGCCUUGAUGGACUGCAUGCUAUCUGGUGGUUUGCACUUGCGGCGCAGUUGCUUGGCGCGUUGGUGACUAUUGUUUGGGUCAGAAUUCCCAAAGAGGAGGAGAAGGAACAUGUAACUUAA